AUGGGAGUGUUUGAAAGUUUCACCCUUUCAGAUUGGUGUUAUAGUAAUCAGCAUUGUUCGAAAUUCGCCGAAAAGCAUAUGAGCAGUACAAGGGAGACAGCUUCUUUCACCUUAGGUUUAAUAAGUGUUAUUGUUUGGGUUGUUGCUGAGAUUCCUCAAAUUAUCACAAACUACAAAACGAAAUCGACUGAUGGUCUAUCUCUCACUUUCUUGAUCACUUGGAUUAUUGGGGAUCUAUUCAACCUAUUUGGGUGCAUACUGGAACCUGCAACACUUCCAACUCAAUUAUAUAUGGCAGUGUUGUAUACCUUUAUAACUGUUGCACUUGGUUCACAAUCCAUUUACUACGGAUACAUAUAUCCGCAAUCACAAUACAAGAGACAGCUCAAGGUUGAGACACCAACAAAAGCUGAACAUGUAGAAAAAAUAAGCGAUGCUGAACAGAGUCAUGGAUUUGAUGAUUUCAGUCUGAGUUCUCCUAUUCCUCUUCCACGACACCUUCCAAGCAUAUCUACUGGAAGAGAAUUAUUCUACCAGUCUGCAAGAUCUCUGACCACAACUCAUACACCAACAACAGGAUCCCUCUUAGCCCAAAGAAUGACACCUAAUUCUCCUUUCCUAGAUUCUAUGAAAGAGGACUUGCUUGGUUCAGCUUUUGCCAGACAAUCUGCCCCAUCUUUGAAGAUCAAAUCUACUCUAUGUUUGGUGUCCACAUUAAGUUUUUUUGGUGUUAUCAAUCUCUAUAAAUCACUAGAUAAAGGAAUUAAUCCCAUGGUUGCAAACCCAAGACAACAAUUUGUGGUUUAUGUUGGAAGAAAGCUUUUUCAGCAAUUGCAGGUUAGUGGGGAUCAGUUGUUGGAAAAUGGUGCAUCAGGAAACAGUAGCAUUGGGACUUUCCUUGGAUGGGCAAUGACAUUUCUAUAUUUGAGCGGAAGGAUGCCUCAAAUUUGGUUAAACAUCAGAAGGGGACAUGCUGAGGGCCUGAAUCCUUUGAUGUUUGCCUUUGCUUUAAUUGGGAAUUCCACUUAUGUUGCAAGCAUACUUGUGAGCAGCUUGAAUUGGUCAACAAUCGAACCAAAUCUACCGUGGCUGGUAGAUGCAGGAGGCUGUGUCCUUCUUGAUUUUUUUAUUUUAAUGCAGUUUUUAUAUUUUCGCUGCCGAACCUCCCCGGGCCUGUAA